UGAUUCUACCUCUUCGUCUAGUUUGGGCUAAGCGACCCACUGAAAGCCGUUGGAAGUUGGAACCUAUUUACAUCGAAAAAAAACCCAGUCGUCAUUCGGCAACCACCAAAAAGCCGAGCAGCCGAGCACAGCAGCCUCCCUCUUCGUGCGCCCUUCUCUAUUCCGUCACCCAAAAUCCAACUCUCUCUCUCUCGCAUCUCUAUCUGCGCCCCCAAUUUCUCAAGGUUUGAACAUGAAUGCUUUCAAGGCUUUUAAAACCAAUGUUCCAAUUGCAUGGAGCCCUAAUCUGUAUAUAACUCUGGUGAGGGGAAUCCCAGGAACCAGGAGGCUUCACAGGCGUACUUUAGAGGCAUUACGUCUUCGAAAAUGCAACCGAACUGUCAUGCGAUGGAACACUCCUACUGUUAGGGGAAUGAUCCAACAGGUCAAGAGAUUGGUUGUGGUUGAGACAGAAGAGAUGUAUAAGGCCCGCAAACAAAAGGAUGCAGACCACCGAGCUCCUCGCCCCCCAUUGAUUAUAAAUCACCUCCCUGCUUCUGCAAAUGGUUCUUCUUCAUAGCCUAUGUAAUUGAUUAGAGGUCAGCUCUCGGUUUCUUAGACAUGGGUCUCCUGAGUGAGGAGACGAAUUUCUCUAGUAGUGUAUUUUGUUAUAAGCUACCAAAUCUGGAUCCAGUUGUUUAUCAACUUUUGUCUUUGGUCUUUUGUCUGAAAUUUUGCACUGUUUCUGAACUAGGUGGAGAACAUUGAAAUGAGUAAUCUUGGAAUUAAAUAGGCCUUUUAUUUGCAUAUGCAUAUAUUAGAAGGUUUGA